AUGUCAUCGUCCUCGGGCGUGCCCGAGUCUUGGAUCUCCAGCUUCUGCUCCUUGUUGGGGCACGAAUACUUUGCCGAGGUAUCGGAAGAGUUUAUCGAGGAUGACUUCAACCUCACCGGCCUGCAGACGCAGGUAGCCAUGUACAAAGAGGCGCUCGAGGUAAGGACGAAAACCCUGUCCCCCAUGGCCUCGUGCCCGAAGGAUGGCGAGGCGGCUGACAGGUCCUGCCAGAUGAUUCUCGACGUCGAACCGGAAGAUGAUGACGAUGAUGAAGACGAGGAAGACGAAGAGGAGGAAAACGAGUCUGGGAUCGGCGAUGGACAAGAGCGAGCGCCUGGGCGGGAGCGGAGGCAUCAUAGUAGGAUGGCCAGCGACCUUUCCGUCAUUGAGUCGUCAGCUGAGAUGCUGUACGGUCUCAUCCACCAGCGCUUCAUCUGCUCUCGCGCCGGCAUUCAACAGAUGAGCGAAAAGUACGAGCUGGGCCACUUUGGCUCCUGUCCCAGGUAUAACUGCGAGCACGCAAGAACACUACCCGUCGGACUCUCCGACAUACCAGGCGAGGACACCGUCAAGCUUUUCUGCCCCUCCUGUCUCGACGUCUAUGUUCCCCCCAACAGCCGCUUUCAGACCGUCGACGGUGCCUUCUUCGGACGAACAUUCGGCGCUCUCUUCCUACUCACCUUUCCCGAAUAUGACCUCACCAAGCGAGGCGCCGACGUCCUCUCCAGUGCGACCUCGAGAGUACCCGAAGACGAGCCCCUGAUCAACGGCAUGUAUGCGAAAAAUAUCGCACCCAACCUGGGCUCUGGUCGAAUCUACGAGCCCAGGAUCUACGGCUUCCGCGUCUCAGAGCGGGCCCGCUCCGGCCCACGCAUGCAGUGGCUUCGUGAUCGCCCCCGAGACUUGAACGAGCUGGACGAGGAACGAAUCUGCGAGCAACAACCCGACGAUGACGACGAUGACGAUGAGACCGGGGACAAGAACGGUCGUCUCCUCGUCCGGCGGCGACCGCCAGGUACCCGACGUCAAAGGCAACGGCGGAAUCAGAAUGGCAGUCCCAUGCAGCUUUCUACCAAUGGUGCCGAAUCUGAGCUGUAG